UACGUCCCUUGAAAGGUUUUCGGUGUAUAGCAUGGCGGCCUCAUAGAACGGAGAAACGUGUUAAAUUCUUUGAAAAACGUGUUCGUAUAUCGAAAAUUAACUAUGGCCGAAGAUCGAGAUACAGAUCAUCCAGAAUCCAAUAAAAGUCCAGAUUCAGGUAUCAACUUUGAAAAUGGUGUUGAAGAACCAAAUUUUGAUGAUCCUGAAGAUUUUGUGGAUGAUAUAUCCGAUGAAGAACUUUUAGGUGACUUAUUAAAGAACAAACCACGAGAAACAGAUGGAGUUAAGUCUGUAAUUAUCGUUGAUGGUAUACCAAAAGUUGGACCAGAAAGAGUCGAUAAACUAAAAAAUGUUAUACAUAAAUUUUAUUCUAAUUUUGGAAAAAUAUUGACUGUUGAUUAUCCUGUAGAUGAAAACAAUGUUACAAAAGGGUAUGUGUUCAUUGAAUUUGCAUCACCAGAAAAUGCUUUGGAAGCUGUUAGAUUAACAAAUGGGCACAAGCUGGAUAAAAGUCACAUAUUUAAAGUGAACUCUUUCACAGACUAUGAAAAAUAUGAAAAUAUUCCUGAUGAGUGGGAACCUCCAAAACCUCAGCCGUAUACUGAUCAUGGUAAUCUUAGAUACUGGCUCCAAGAACCAGAUGCAUGUGACCAGUAUAGUGUGAUGUUUGAUGGAGGAGCUAAAACAGCUAUUUAUUUGAAUACCAAUCCAGAACCCACACUUCUUCAAGAACGUGAAUCCUGGACUGAAACAUAUGUUGAGUGGUCACCACGGGGAACUUACUUAGCCACUUUCCAUUUUCGAGGUGUGGCUUUGUGGGUAGGCGAAAAAUUUGAGCAAUUUGUAAAAUUUCAACACAACAAUGUUCAAUGUAUCAGCUUUUCACCAUGUGAAAAGUAUAUAGUUACAUUUAGCAAUAUUCCAGAGUCUAGAGAAGAUCCUCAUUGUAUUAAUAUUUGGGAAAUUAGGACAGGACUCAAAAAGAGAAGUUUUCUUGCAGAAACUCAGCCUAUCGCCACAUGGCCAAUUUUCAAAUGGAGUCAUGAUGACAAAUACUUCGCCAAGAUUAGCAAAGAUACAUUGAGCAUAUAUGAAACACCUUCAUUUGGCCUUCUGGGGAAGAAAAGUUUGAAAAUUUCAGGAAUCAAAAAUUUUACAUGGUCCCCGUCUCAAAAUGUUAUUGCCUACUGGGUUGCUGAAGAGAAGGAUGUCCCAGCUAGAGUCACUUUAUUAGAAAUUCCCAGUCGUGUGGAACUUAGAUCAAAGAAUCUCUUCAGCGUUGCUGAUUGUGUGAUGCAUUGGCAAAAAUCAGGUGGUUAUUUAGGUGUUAAAGUUGACAGAUAUACUAAAGCAAAGAAAGAAAAAAAUGAAUGGAAAUACAGUGGCAUGUAUUACAACUUUGAAAUCUUCCACAUGAGGGAGAAGAACAUUCCUGUAGACAGUAUUGAAAUUAAAGAUAGUAUUGUUGCUUUUGCUUGGGAACCUAUUGGAAAUAAAUUUGCUGUAAUACAUGGAGAUAGUCCAAACAUCUGUGUUAGCUUUUACGGAAUAAAACCAGGCGGAACAGUCAGUUUAUUAAAAAAAUUUGAAAGGAAACAAUGUAAUCGUCUGUUUUGGUCUCCAAAUGGCCAGUUUAUUGUGCUAGCUGGUUUGAGAUCUAUGAGUGGAAAAUUGGAGUUUAUUGAUACUGCUGAUUUUACUGUGAUGGCCCAGAAUGAACAUUUUAUGGCCACUGAUGUAGAAUGGGACCCAACUGGCAGAUAUGUCGUAACUGGCAUCAGUUGGUGGAUGCACAAGGUUGACAACGCAUUCUGGUUGUGGUCCUUCCAAGGCAAACUUCUGAGGAAACAUGACUUGGAAAGAUAUUGUCAAUUGCUUUGGCGUCCAAGGCCGCCAACUUUAUUAUCAGAAGAAAAAAUUAAGGAAAUUAAGAAAAAUUUGAAAAAAUAUAGUGCUCAGUUUGAUAUAAAAGAUCGAAUGAGUCUAUCAAAGGCCUCUAAAGAAAUUGUUGAAAAACGUAGAAAAUUAAUGGAAGACUUCAGAAGUCUUAGACAGAAGAGGCUGGAUGAGUUUUCAACGAAGAAGAAAUAUCGAUUAGAACUUCGAAAUGGAGUGGACACAGAUGAGCUUGAUGCUGAUAAUGAAAAUCUAGAAGAAGAAGUUGUUGAAUUCCUUGUUAAAGAAGAAGUUAUUAUAAUUGAAGAUGACUAAAUGAUUUGAACAAAUUCAUAGAACGUGGAAAAUUUUUUUUACCUUUUGUAAAUGAAACAGAAAACCAUGCUCUCAGUUUUAAACAUAGUGAACUGGACUCUAUUUUUCAGCUUUAAAACUCAUUAAAUGACAUCCAAAAUGUGUGCUGUUAAAUUCUGUACAGUUGGAUUUGAAAUCAUGACUGUAAAAUAAAGCAUGGAACUUAAUUUUUAA